CAGUGAUCGGUGGCGGAGGAUGAGGAGCGGGCGGACCGGGAGGAGGCGGCAGGCAGCGGGGGAGCUGGCGACCACACUCACGGGCAACUAGGAGGAGGGGAAAGGAGGUCUGGCUACCCCGGUAACGGUAAUGGGACGGAGCGGACACUGACGUCGACGGAGCUCAAGAAAAAGUGCAGUCUUUUUGAGGCGUUACCUGAGUUUCCUGCAACCACUGCUCAUAAUGUCAUCUUUCUCCCAACAAACAACUGGAUGUUGAAUUGGAAACAUGGCACUGUGUCCCUGCACCAUGACGCACUCUGACUCUCAGCUGGAUGGAUGCCAUUCUUCAGCAGGUCCAGGUUUGAGGGUGCACCUGUACUGGUCAAAUGAAGGAACGCAGGAUCUUGUUUUUACUGAAGGGGAGUUGGUUGCAGAGGACGUUUGCAUUAUGGCAGCACAGAAAUGCUCCAUUUCCCCGCUGUGCCACAACUUGUAUGCGCUUUGUGACUUAAAAGAGAACCUUUGGUUUCCUCCAAAUCACAUCUUCAAGAUUGAUAAGGACCUGCGUCUGACUCUGCACUACCGCAUGAGGUUUUAUUUCAAGAAUUGGCAUGGCAUGACUGAAAAGGAGCCUCGGGUAUACCGAUGGAUGCCGAAAAAGAAUGACCAUGAGAAACUUGACCAAGGCAGCCCUCUGUUUGACCACAUGUCACUCAAUUACAUCUUCGCACAGGGUAAACACGAUUUUAUUAAUGGAUUUGCUCCACUCCGAGAGCCGCAGCACGAGCAGGAUGUACAUGUCUUCCAAAAUGAGAGCCUGGGAAUGGCUGUCCUGCAUCUUUCAUACAUUGCAGCCCAGAGUAAUCGUUCGCUUAGCGAAGUGGCCAAGGAAGUAAGCUUUAAGAGGUGCAUCCCGAAGGCAUUCCGUGCAAAAAUAGACAAGUGUAACACCCUGACCAAGAUCCGGCUUAAACGCGGUUUCCGAAAGUUUGUGAGGAGCUUCCAGUUGCCUGCGGUUAGCUCUGGGAAGGUGAUCCAGCACGACAUUAUGUUCAAAUACCUGUCUACUUUGGAGAAUCUUUGCACCAACUUUGGAGGCGAGAUCUUCCGCGUUCCGUAUUUGGAGGUGCUUCCAGAAAGUAGCAGGACCCCUUACAUAAACAAUCGGUAUUAUGUGAAGACCACAGAGGAUAUCUUCCUUCCAACAGUGGAUACUCAGGAACAUGAAGUGCUGGUGAUGGGGACAGAGGGAAUUCAGUGGAGGAUACCGAAAAAGCCUGCACCCAUCAAAAAGACUGGUUGGAAGGGAAAACCUGCAGACAAUGGCAGUAAUAAAUCAAAUGAAGCAGAGGAGUUCACUGAGAAGCCAUGGAACCAUUUCUGUGAUUUCAAGGAUAUUACACACAUUGGCAUCUCUGACUGCAGGGUCAGUGUCCAUCGACAAGAUAACAAAUGUAUGGAUCUGGUACUGCCCUCACACAAACAAGCACUGUCCUUCGCGGCACUGAUCGAUGGCUACUCUCGCUUGACGACUGACUCACAUCACUACCUCUGCCAUGAGGUGGCUUCUCCACGGGUUGUGCUGAGCAUCACCAGUGGCAUCCAUGGGCCAAUGCAACCACACUAUGUCACUAAUAAGCUUCGGCGAGAGGAGAAUAAGGAUGGACUGUAUGUGCUGCGAUGGAGUGCUUUAGACUUCAAUAAGAUUAUCAUGACUGUUGUUAGCAAGGAAAAGUCUGAGUAUGGUUCUGGGGGUUUUCAGGACAUGAAGCAGUUUCAGAUUGAGAGGAAGGCAGCAGAUGCUUAUGUGCUGCAGGGAUGGGAGCGAUCAUUCCCCAGUGUGAAGGAGCUGCUUGAGAACCUGAAGGGCUGCAUGCUAAAAUCUGGAAACGAGAGCUACAUGGUCAAGAAGUGUUGUCCACCUCUUCCACAUGAAUUCUCCAAUUUACUGGUAACGAGGAAUGUAAAAGAUAGUGAUGUACGGCCACUCACAGCUCAGUUAAACCUGAGCCAGCUCAGCUUCCAUCAGAUAAGGAAGGAGGAAAUAAUUCAGGAGCACCAUCUGGGACGUGGAACGAGGAUGAAUAUCUACGCUGGUAGGUUUUGUGAAGGUGAAGUUGAGGAGGAGGAAGAGAUGGACUCUUCCAGUGGACCCAGCCACAGUGAAGCAAGGGAUAUCCGUGUGGUGUUGAAAGUGCUUGACCCUAGUCACAGGGACAUUGCAUUGGCGUUCUUUGAGCUGGCCAGUCUGAUGAGUCAAAUAUCUCAUGCUCACCUAGCUUUCGUUCAUGGAGUCUGUGUGCGUGGCUCAGAAAAUAUAAUUGUGGAAGAAUAUGUCGAAUUUGGACCGCUGGAUGUCUUAUUGCGAAAGGAGAGAGGAAAAUUGAGCCCAGAGUGGAGUUUAACUGUCAUCCAGCAACUUGCUAGUGCACUGAGCUAUCUGGAGGAUAAAAACAUGGUGCAUGGGAACAUUUGCUGCAAGAAUGUCCUUGUAGCGAGGAAAGGGCUAGAUGAGGGAAGCACCCCUUUCAUCAAAGUCAGCGACCCCGGUAUCAGUUUCACUGUACUCACUCGAGAAGAGCGUGUCGAGCGAAUUCCUUGGAUCGCUCCAGAGUGUGUCCAAAAUGUUAACAAGUUAAGUCUGGGUGCUGACAAGUGGAGCUUUGGGACAACCGUACUGGAAAUAUGCUGCAAUGGAGAAGUUCCACUGAAGGAGCGAACACUGUCGGAGAAAAAGAGGUUUUACGAGAUGAAAGGGAAACUUCCGGAACCCUCCUGUAAAGAACUUGCUGACCUGAACAGCCAAUGCCACAGCUACGAGGCAAACCAACGGCCAUCUUUCCGGACAAUUCUACGGGAACUCACAAUGCUACAGCAGCAAAAUCCAGAUAUUUCUUGUGAAAAUUCAGUGCCAGCUGUCUCAGACCCCACUGUCUUCCAAAAACGCUACUUGAAGAAAGUCCGAGACCUUGGAGAGGGUCAUUUUGGCAAGGUGGGUCUGUACAUUUAUGACCCAUUUAAUGAUGGCACAGGGGAAGUUGUGGCAGUGAAAUCAUUGAAGUCAGAAUGUAGCGAAGAACUCCAUACAAGCUGGACACGGGAGAUCGAGAUUCUGAAAACAUUGUAUCACGACAACAUCGUCAAGUACAAAGGCAGCAGCAGUGAGCAAGGAGGUCAGAUCGUACAGCUGAUCAUGGAGUACCUGCCCCUGGGCAGUCUGAGGGAUUACCUCCCAAAACACAAUAUAGGACUUGGGCAGCUUCUGUUGUUUGCCAAGCAGAUUUGCCAGGGCAUGUCCUACCUACAGUCCCAGCGUUACGUGCACCGUGACCUGGCUGCAAGAAAUGUACUUGUGGAAAAUGAGAAUGUGGUGAAGAUUGGAGACUUUGGGCUUGCCAAGGCGAUCCCGGAACACCAGGACUAUUACCGAGUGAAGGAUGAUGGAGACAGCCCUGUGUUCUGGUAUGCUGUUGACUGUCUCAAGGAAGGAAAAUUCAAUUUUGCCUCUGAUGUUUGGUCAUUUGGAGUCACGUUAUACGAGCUUCUAACAUUCUGUGAAGCCCGCCAGAGUCCACCAGCGAAAUUUAUUGAGAUGAUUGGAGUGACGCAUGGACAGAUGACCGUGGUACGACUGAUUGAUCUGCUGGAAAGGGGACAGCGCUUGCCUUGCCCGAAAUCCUGUCCCUUAGAGGUUUACCAUCUGAUGAACAAGUGUUGGGAAUCUGAUCCAACUCAACGCCCCACUUUUCAGGAGCUGAUUCCAUUCUUUCAGAGGCUUUAUGAAAGAUAUAAAAAGAUUGAAACUUCAAACAUUCUGCAGAAGUUAUAAAACGCCAAUUUCCCCAGACUAAUCUAAUUCUAUCUUUAUCUUUCCCCCUUUUUUUUGGGUGACAUUCUCAAAAUGCUGCAGAAUUAAUCGGCAAUAACUGAAUGAUCUGCAGUUUUCAAUUUGACCACCUUUCUGUGGUCACAUCUAGUGUUGCCUCGCCAAGCCCUGCUCCCUCUCCAUCUCUCUUUCUCCUUGUGUUUCUUUCCUUGCACUUUUAAUAUGCAUUUCGUGAUAUGACAUCUUGAAGCACUUCACAGCUAAUUUAAGUACUUUGUAAAGAGUCCAUCACUGUGUAGACAGAGGUUUUUUUUCUGCACAGCAAGCUCCUGCAAACAGCAAUGAGAUAAAUGAGCCGAUACUCUGGAUUUCAUGGACAGGGGAUGGAUGUUGCCCAGGAUGCGAGCAGAGCUUCCCUGAGAGUCUUCAAACUGUCUAAACGGGCAAAGCCUUGGUUCAAUGUCUCAUCCUUAAGACAAUAUCUCUGGUAUCCUGUCUGCAUCAUUGAUGUGCAAUCAAAAUCUUGAAGAAUGGAAACCAAAAGACGUGACAGAGAAAAAGAUAUUUGGUGAAGGUUCACUAAUUAACUCCUUCCUCACAUAUAGUCUUGUGAGUUUGAGUUUUUUCUGAAAUAGGGAUAAUCAAAUAUAUAUAUAUAUGUAGAGACUCAUCCUCCGCUUUGCAUUUCAUAACUGCCGUAGUAUACUCCAUGCAGAAUGGCUAUGGCUUUUCAGAUCGUUUAGUCAGAAUAAAUUACAACUCUCCCCCUGUGAAGGAUGCCUCUUUGCACCUGUGAGACUCUGACCUCUUGAUGAAGCUUAAAUCAGAUAUAAAUUUACUCUAAUCUACUCGCUACAAUGAUGGCUCUGAUUACAGCAAUGUUUUUUUCAUAAUGACUUUGAAAAUCCAGUGAUGUCCUGUCCAGGAACAGUCUGGAUGUUUUACUGUUGUAUUGUUUUAGCAUUGCAGAUUUUUGGGUCUUGUUACUAAGUGCCAAGACCUGUGCGUUUUGCACAUUUAUGGUUUAUUAAACAGCUUUUUUUAUUCAUUCAUUCAUGGGAUGUGGGCUUCACUGGCAAGUCACAGUAUUAUUCCCCCUGCAACUUAAAAUAGAGCAAGUGACAGCUCAGCACUUCAGUCCAAGGUGAGAUACUCGGAGCUGUACUUCCGACUGAAGCUAGGGAGAUGGGUAAACUUUGUUAGUGUGUCAAACCAUAACUGCCAGUGUUAUCAGCAGCACUGUACCAAAUGUAUGUUAUCUUCUGUGUAUUUUAUGAUGCCUAGUGAUGAGUGGAGGCUGGGGAGAAGUUGCUGAUCCAAAAUACUCUGCUUUCACCUUGCAGGUUUGAGCAGGCAGUAGUGGACCAGUCUCCUUCUAAGUUUCUGACUGCCGUUUGUACAAUUGACAGAGAUGUUCAUGCAUGCACUGUCCCACCGCAUCCUUUCUGUUGGUAUUCAGACAUUUUAUAUCUGGUGAUAGUGAAAUUUGAGGAUGCAGAUGACAGUCUUCACAAAAUGUUUUUGGUGCCACAAUUAAAGUGAUGGUUACGCAUGUGGAAUUGCGGAGUUAACAUGAUGUAACUAAUGUUUAAAACUUAAAACACCAGGAUCCACUCGAGGGGAACUGCUUGGAAGGAGUUAAUGAGCUCAGUAAUAGCAUUGAGCUGCAUUAAUAUAAUUGAUACACAUUUAAAAUGAUCUUCAGGUCCAGAUAUAUUUCUGCUUAUCUUUCAAUGUCCUUGCUCCAUCAGACUCACUAAUUCUUACCAAAGCAGUUUUCCCAUUGAGCAGUUUUCAAUUUUUUUAAACUGGCUCCUGACCAAGGAUCUGUUCGUUUGUUCAUUCCUCUGGGUGUUGGGACUGCUCAGACUUUGGAUGUGAUGUCAAGUCUUCAGACAGUGCGGAUUUCAAUGAAGUUGUCAUGGUGACUGACUUUGCCAACCUCCAGGAGUAAGCUCAUCACUUUAAAGCACCCUGAGCCACUUGGAAUGAUUACACAAAGCCAGACACUUUCCUGGACCCUGUCUCAGCUGGUUUGAUUUGACACCGUGGGAAAAGACAAAUGAGGAGAAGGGACAAGUACAUAACUAGAGUGUGGCCCUCACGGCUAAUCAUUUUACAAGAACCCAACUCCAAACUUUGAGUGUUGAUCCAGCUGCUGAUGUUUACCUGUUUCACCUUGUCCAAGACGCCUUCUGUGCUGAGAUGUGAAAAAAGCAAAUGCUGUGUGACUGCACUUUGGAUUAGAGUUAAUAGAGCAAACCCUGAGCCCACAUUAUUAACCUUCCACCUUUAAGGAGCACAGUGUAGGACAGUUUCCAACACUCACCAACCAUCCAUGAUCAUGGUGAGUUUGCUGAGUUGUUGCUGAAAUGAGUGGGAGUGAGAAACUGACUUUAUCUCUCCAGCCUAGCAAACCGGGAAACUCUGUUCAUACUGAGACACACGCACAGGUCUGCGCCAAAUUACUUGCAUCACUAUGUCGCUGAACGGAAACUCAAUUCAGGCAAGAAAACCUGAACUGAAGAGGACUUUGAUGGUUUGAACUGCACUAAAGUUAUAUAUAAAACACCAAAAAAAACUCAAAUUUUAUGGGAGUUUUAAAAAAUUAUCUUCGCGGUUAUAUAUACUGAUUGUGAUUGUCAAUGAUGGGGAUAAAGUAUACUAUGUUCUCUCAUUUGCACAAGAAUACAUGGCCAAUUUACUGUUGAUAUAGUAUUAUCGUAAGUUCACAGUGAUAGGCAGACUUACUCUAUUUUGGUGUGUGUCUCUCUAUAGACUCGCGUACGUAUUUGCACUUUCUAGACAGGUUCAGGCAAGAUUGAACUCUGUGCCUGUCUCACUUUCUGUCUGUCAAGAAAGCAUUUUCCUUCAGGUCGGCAACAAUGACUUAAUUGUCCAGGAAUGUGUUUGAAAAUAUUAUUAGUGUGUUUCUGUCAGUCAGUAUGUUAGGUGGCGUCUGAAGUCCUCUAUUAACCUCAUCCUUUAUCUGUUUCACUCAUGGAGUUGCAUCUCCCUUUCCCUGCACCACCUAUUUAUUCAUAACUGAACUGCAUUGAUAUUCAUUUAAUUUGACGGAUUGCAUUAAAUGAGUAGUGCCAUUUAUGCUUUUGAAUGAGAAGAUUCAUACCUUAGCAGCAAAACUCGCUUUUUUAAAGCCUGAUUGUACCCCACUAGUCCCAUCCCCUCUGGUGUUACAUUAGAUGGAUCAGCAGCUGUGGGGACAAAUCUAGUUCAAACAUUGGAGAUCUCACGUUUGUCCUUCUUUCUACGUGUCUGUCCAUGGACGUUUGUGCUUGUGCCAGCUUCACUUCUGCAUCGUGAUUUGUCGGCUCAGCAGAUGGGGAAAGAAUUUUUUUUAGUCACAUGAGCAUCUCCUCUCCACACUCUGCUUGUCCUUUCCAUAACAUGUAAAACUAACAUCAGGCCACCUCCCUCUGCCCCCACCCCAGCCAAAUCUUUGGGCUAUGCCUUGCACUUUUGGAAAGCAGUUGUCUUUCAUUAAUUUUUUAAUACUUAAAUGCUCAUUUUUAAUUGCACAAGUAGGGAAUGGAUUCCACAUAUGCCAAACAUCUAAUCAGUUGGAUGUUAAAGAUGGACUGUGGAGUGGGUUAUUUUCUUGUACUAUUGGACAUGACACAAGUGUUUAUCGUAGGUUAAAUUGUUUCCAAUAAUUAAGGGAAAAUGGGACUUAAAUCCAUUUUGUUUGGACUAUAUGUAAAUAUUUCUUUGCCACGCUUUUGAAAUAAGCAUAAAUUCACUUUUUUCCUGCAAUUUUAUAUUUUAUUUUGAUAAUUUGAGUGUGUAAUAUCCCAGCAUCUGUAAUUCUUUCCUGAAGUAAUAAACUGUUUCAUUCUA